AUGGCGGCAGCAUUAACACCAGAGCAGACCGCCAUCGUUAAGUCCACCGUUCCCGUCCUCGCCCAAUAUGGCGAAACCAUCACCACAAAAUUCUACCACGACAUGAUCUCCGCAAAUCCUUCUCUCAAGAACAUCUUCAACAACACACACCAAGCAACAGGUCACCAAGCACGCGCACUCGCAGUAUCUCUGUACGCCUACGCCGCCAACCUCGAUGACCUGGGCAAGCUGAGCCCUGCCGUGGAGCUCAUCUGCCACAAGCAUGCGAGCUUGGGCGUCAAAGCCGAGCACUACAACAUUGUCGGCGACUUCCUCAUCAAGACGAUGAAGAGCGUGCUGGGCGACGCCGCGACCGACGAGAUCCUCGAUGCCUGGGGCGCCGCCUACUGGCAGCUCGCCAACAUCAUGAUCCAGAAGGAGGCCCAGAUGUACACCGAGACGAGCUACUGGCCCGGGUGGCAAGACUUCAGGAUCGCGCGCAAAGAGAAGGAAUCCGACGAGAUUACGUCGUUUUACUUUGAGCCUGUUAACAAGGACCUCAAGCUGCCGAUUUUCAAGCCGGGACAGUACAUCUCAGUAAAUCUAUUUGUGGACGAACUGGAUGGUGGUGUCUGGCAGGCGAGGCAGUACAGUCUGAGCGAUGCGCCGGGGAAACCGUAUCUGCGGAUUAGCGUGAAGAGGGAGCCAGGUAUCGAGAUUGGGGAGCCAAAGCAUAUGACGCAUGCGGGAUACUUGUCGAAUAUCCUGCACGACAAGAAGAACGUGGGUGAUGUCGUGAAGCUAUCGCAUCCGUUUGGUGACUUUUUCUUCGAGGAGAAGGACGUCGAGGAGGACACGCCGGUUGUCUUCAUCUCGGCGGGUGUGGGCCUGACGUGCCUGACGAGCAUCUUGAACGCGUUGGUCGGGGAGGGCAGCUCAAGACCAAUUACUUGGGUCCAGGGUUCGCGGGACUCGAAGUCGCGAGCGUUCAAGGCGCAUGUCGACAAAGUGGCAGCUAGCAACAGGAAAUUCCACAAGCUGUACUUCUCCUCUUCACCCAAGGAAGGCGAAGUCGGAGGACAAGAUUACGACAUCAAGGGGCGCAUUGAUCUGGACAAGAUCGGGAAGGAGUACCUUUUCACGGAUAACAAGAAGACGCAAUACUUCACCUGCGGACCAACGCAAUUCAUGUUGGACGUCGAAGCGAAGUUGAAGAGCUUUGGUGUCGAUAGUGACAGGGUGCACAUGGAGCUAUUCGGCACCGGAGGCGUUCCAAGGGUUUGA